AUGGCGCAGCUGUCACCACAACACAGCUUCCUGAUUAAAGAGGGGAAAACGCGAUUCGUUAUUGGUCAGUUUGGAGCUCCGCGGCUCGCCGUACUACACCAGAUCAGUGCUAAAGUCUUGAAGCUCAGUAAAGUGAUUCGUCUCCUUGAAGAUCCUCUGACUGCGAACCUGAAGGAGAGGCACCUUGUCCUGAAGAAACUGCUGAAGAGAAGCCAGAUUGGUUUUCGAUUGAAGGAGCUUCCAGGUGUCGCCAAAAUCCUGAAUGUCUGUGCUGAGAAGGUGAAGGAUCAUCCUGAGUAUGGAGCCGUUCUGUGUGAAGCUCUGAACAUCUGCAGGCUUCCCUUCCUGAAGGAGAAAACGUCAGAUGAGCUGAACUUCUCUCAGGACGUCAUCGACUUCCUCUCUCACAUCGGGUAUCUAAUGAGGGUUCUGAUGCUGAAGUGAGGCAGAACAUUAUAAGCAUGUGUGAAAUCCUUCUACAGCUGUGCGGCUCCCAAACAGCUGCUCGACGGGCUCCAGCCCACCUCUCCAGGCUACAGGCUGCAGCUGCUGCAGCACAGCGACCUGCCUCAGGCUCUGCUGCUCUCCAUGGCUGCUGUGGAGAACCAGCCGGACAUCAGGCUGCAGAUCCUCCAGACUCUUCAGAUCCUCUCCAGCUCCUCCGAUAUGAACUGUGCUUCCAUACUGAAGGCCAGAGGAGCGGAGACCAUCUGCCUCCACAUGAACGAACCCGACCCGUCUGGUCAGGUUCUUUUCUGUUCGUCUGAAAUCCUCUGGAACCUGCUGGAGAGAAGCAGCAAGCAGGAGGUCACCGCUCAGCUCUGCAGCAUGGAGUGUGUCGUGUCCUUAAAGAAGCGUUUUUUCCACCAGCUGCUGAACGCUUCUCAACAUCUUGACCUCCAACUCAGAAAUGACCUGCUGGUGAUCACAUCUUUCAUCGCUGAAAAUCCAAACUCUCUGCUUGUUGAGAGUCUAUUCGCCAAACAACUAGUGAGUUUCAUCACUUUUCCAGAGCUGAAAACCCACAGCCAUCUGAUCCACAACCUGAAGCUCAGCUACAGUAACGAAGACCUGAAAAUGAAGAAGUUGCUCCUGAAUCUGUUGGUUUUGAUGUCGAGGGACUCUGCAGUCCUGCAGCUGUAUAAAGAAGAGCGAGUCAUGUUGGCUCUGCUGACUCUGGUGAAGCCUCCUGCUGCCUCGUCUGAGCGUCGGUCGGGUUCACGUCGUUGGUCGGUUGUCCAGCAGGAGGAGCUGCAGCUGCAGGCGUUAGCAGCGCUCGCCGCCAUCGCUCCACUCAUGUUGGACGACUACAUGUCCUGUCAGGGAAACGUCUGUCUGCUGCUGCUGCUGGACUGGUGCGUCGGACCAGAUUCUUACUUUGGUCAGGGUCACAGCUUCCACAGCUCAGGAGGUCGAGGCAGUAAACGGGCUCAGAUGCGACGUUGCAUCAGAGUCUUGCGAUCGGUGACGUCUCUGGGAGAAGAAUCUGUGAACCAGGACCUCUGUGAUCAGGGAAUCAUCAGCCAGCUUCUGGGGAUUCUGAUGCAGAUGGAUGCGAGUCCAGAUGAGGAGGAUGUCGUCUCUCUGGAGAUGGAGUCAGACAUUCAGCUGAUUCUUUCAGCGCUGUGUGACACCGACAUGCACAGAAAGGAGCUGUUUGGCUCAGAGGGAGUCGAGAUGACCGUAAGCUUCCUGAAAAAGGGCUGCGAUAAAUUCUACAGCGGUUUAGGACACAACAAGCUCAUCCUCUCCACAGUCGACUGUGUUUGGUCCUGUAUUGUCGGCUGCUACACCACAGAGGAUUAUUUUCUGGCUAAAGACGGAGUGUUUCUCCUGCUCGACUUGCUCAGAACGAGCCCCAGAUGUGUCCACGGCAUCGUCCUGGCCACCCUGCUGGAGCUCUGCGACAACCCCAGCACCGUGUCUCACAUCCUGGACUGGAGGGACGGCGGCGGACAGACGGCGUCCAGACUGCUGCUGCAGCUGUGGAGGGACGAGGAGGAGGAGCUGGGCCUGAAGAGGAACCGGCAUGGAGGCAUCACAGAUCCCCAGCAGCCCGUCCUCCGUCCCUCCCAUCAGGACGACAUCCAGCCAUCGCUUACGUCUCACAUGUGGAGCGCCUCAGUUCUGGAGAUUUCAGAGAACCUGUGCUCAAAGAUUUACUCCAUCUUCUGCAAACUUGGUUUUCAGGAGCUUCCCGGAUUAUCGACCAAAGACUACGUGACUCUGAGCAUUGUCAGGAGAUAUCUGGACUUUAAGGUCGGUGAGGUUUGGGACGAGAUCAACAGAGAGCUGAGUCUGGACGGCGUAAGACCGAUCAGUCCGGACCAGGAGGCUCUGAACGCCAUCUGUAGGAUCACAGAGGACACGGCGAGGAGGAUCAUGACCAAACAAAGCAGCAUCGUGGAGCAGCAGCAGAAAGAGGAGAUCAGCGAAGAGCAGCUCCUGUAUACAGAGAUAAAGUCUCACUGGAAGCAGCGUGAGCUCAUGGCCAAGUCAUGGGAUGAUUACGUCGCCAAGACUUCAAACUACGAGAUCCUGAAGGAGCUAAAAGUACAGAGAGAGAAGUUCAAUGAAUCAUCUAAACCCAAACCAGAAGACGAAGACAUCGCUGUUCAUCCUGCAGAGCACUUCGUCGGUCACAUCGUGUCGUUGGAGCGAACUGACUCUCGGGGACCUGCAGGAGUGAAGGUGACACUCGGCAGAACCUCAUUAAAGUCUGCAGGUCAGAACAGAACCGAGGCGAAGGCACGAGACCCGGAGUACUUCAGCACCGCGUCUGUCAGAGACUGAAGGACUCGUUCAACACCAGGCCUUUACAUCAUUAAAACCCCUUUAUUUGAUAUUUUUAAAGCACUGAACAUCCAGAACAGACUACAGCCCAACAGCACGUUAUUUUCUAGUGUGCAGCUCUUCUUCUGGGUCUGUAGAUAUCCAGUGAAUUCACAGACAUGAGGUCAUCCAUUUGCACAAUCAGCACCUUGUUGUCUCGACAACAACUUAGACAAACACACACAGUUUCUAUGUGGGCAUUCAUCUACUGGACAUUUCACCACACCACUGCUUGUCUUACAUCUUACCUCUAAAUCAAAUCUUCAACCAAAAGUAGACUCGAUUCUUGACAAAGACACACAUAAUACAAAUACACACACAACUGUAGUAAACUAGUUGGUCUUUGUGGUCAAAGAAUGUGUCUUGUUUUAGCACAGAAACUCGUAAAAAGUGUUUUUCUGUCAGAAUUCAGUCAACAUCGAGUCAAAUUUCCCUAUAAAGCACGUUUAAAAUGACAAGAACUGAACCAAAAUGCUGUGAAAUUAUAAACAAACCUAUAAAACAUAAAAUAUAAUGACUGACAGACAAAUCUGGAUGAAAACACAAUAAAAUAAAGAAAACUCAAAGAUACAACACAAUAAAAGAUGACACUCGACUUGGAUUAAAAUCCAAAGAGUCUUUCUAAAGUCUCAAACCAAAAGUAUUGAGAGAAAUAACACUUUCCUGUCGACAUUUUCACGUUUUCCCCUCACUUUUCCAAUCAAUAAAUAACACUCAUGACUUUGUUAGCAUCGUUCAUACAGUAAUUGCAACACAAUGUGCUUUAGUUAGAAAAUAAUUGUGCAAUACAAGAAUAAAAAUAAUAAAAUAGAAAAUAAAUGCAAAAGUCCAUAAUAAAAGUAAGAAGUCGGACGUCUCAUACUGGUAAAUUAUAUAAAUCCACAAAAAAAAUGCUACCUAAACACAGACCUAAAAAGGGUAGUUUUAAUGUUUGUUUAGUAAAUGUAUGUUUUUUUGACUGUGGAGAACAUUUACUCAGAGGUCUAGAAGGAGCAAAUCUAUUUAAUAUGUCAGAUAAAUAGUCAGGAACUCGUAGAUUAAGAGUUUUAAUUGAAUUAUUAAAGGAGCAGAAAGCCAAUAAAAAGCCUUUAAAACCGAAGCUUUUUACGUUUGGUUUUGGUGCAAAAAUGCAAAGUUUCCAAAGAUUUCUUCUGCCUUUUAACGUAAAUGAAGUUUGCAAGAAAUAGUAAAAGCAUGAAAAGGUUAAAAACUAUGUUUUUAGUGAUGUUUCUCAACAGAGAGCUAAGUUAAAUCUGACUUUCUGUGGCACCAGUGAUGGUCAGAGCUCUAAUUAUAAUCUUUAGCCAUGUUUCUGUGACUUUUUCCUCCAUUGUGCUCCUUUUAUGUAACCUCUGGAGCAUCAUGAACUGGGAGACCCUGAACAAUCGACGCAGCUUCACGGAAACAGAAGCCUUACAUAACAUCACAUCAACUUUAAACAUAAAAACUGCUCUCUAUUCAUGUCCAGUGAAGGUUAACACCCUAAUUAAUUCUACUUUGUGCAGUUUUUUUCCCCCGAGAAGGUCAGUUUGGGCCUUUGAAGUGUUUCGUCUUUAGUGUUUUUGGGUUACAUAAGUGACUGCAGCGCGUUAACACACAUGUUCCCUGAAGCGUGCAACAUGCGGCGCAGAGCCUCUUCUUGUACGUUUCACUGCUGAUCGUCCCUGACAGUCCUUUCAUGCAGCUUUGUGGCUGGUGACGUUCGGUCUGUACAACGGAGCAGCGACACACAGGAGCCCUCAGUGCUGCCGUUUGUUCACGUGCUGUCGGAGCUUCUGCCGGAGCUGCAGGCGUCUAUGAAGCAGCGUUUGGAGGCUCGACUUACCUGCAGGACCAGAAAACAGCAAACUGAAGUUUAUCGACUCGUCUGAGAAGCUCCAGCUGCAGAAAUGAUCAUCAGACUGGGAAGACUGACUCCAGGAUAUUUCCGUCUCCUCCAGAGGCAGGUGUCAGGUGAGGUCCGGCUGCAGCCUCAGACCAGCAUCAUCGACCCCAUCGCCAUGACGAUGGCAGCGUUUGGGAUGGGAGUGUCUCUGUACAGCACCAGGCAGAUGGCCGAGAGGGUCCAACUGAAAGAACCCAACUAGAAGAUCACCUGCAGAUCGAAGCUCAGAUAUAAAACAUGUGACUGUUUGUGGACGUCAGAGAAGGUUUGUGGAGGAGGAGGAUUAGAUGUGGUGUUUGUGUCGCUGCCAGAAGGAAAAUCUAAAUGUCUCAGAGGGGAAAUGUGAGUCACUGAUCAGAAAAACCAGGAUGAUUCAUCAAUAACAACAAAUAAAAGCACCGAUACAUGAGCCCGUCAGUCAGUAAGUCUGUAUAUUCUGUGCAGGUUUCCUUUAACCCUUGUGUUGUCCUCACCAAAAAAUGGUGUUGCCUUGUCUGAAAAAAGUCCAAAAACUCAGAAAAAAUGUCCCCAAAUUUGAAAAACUUUGCAAAAUCUUCAGGAAGAAAAUUCCUGAAAAGUUUCCCUCAACAGUUUUAUUUUUUGAAAUAAAAAAAAUCCCCAAAUUUGACAGCGAAAUUCACUGGAUUUUGGUUGAUUUUUUUUCUGAAUGUUCUUAAACAUUUUUGUAAUUGUUUUUUCCCACCAAAAAAGGUUAAAAAAAAUUUCCUGAAAAAAUUUUGAAAAUGUGGAAGUUUUCACUGUGAAAAUAUUUAUAUUUUUUUCCCCACAUUUUUAAAACUUUAAAACAGGUCAAUUUGACCCACAGGACGACAGGAGAGUUAAGAGGACGGAACGUUUAAUCAGGAAUUGUAUUUUCAAGCAAUAAUCACUUUUUAACAAGCACCUUUAAUAAAAGUAACCACAGAAAAUCUUAUUUUAUUUAUUAAAAUUCAUCACAAAUGCUCACUUUUCCUUCAUAAUAUUUCACUUUUGUCGUUCGCUGUGUGUUGUUGUACUUUAGCACCUUAAUGUUGUGAAUUUAAACGAUAAAUCCAGCAGCAGAGUCACCUCUUGGACUAUUUAUUUUUCACUAAGCAGCUUUAGGAGGAGCUGUUUGUCACUAGAGCAUUUUAAAUUUACUAAAAUCUAACUUUCACGUCAUGUCAGCACAAAAUUUACUAAGAAAAUGUCUGUUAAUGUAAAAUACAUGUUCAAAUCCUGUACUUAGUAUAGGCACAAAUGUGUACAUUUCACAGAAUUCUGAAAUAAAUGCGUUCAUGUUUUGA